AUGGGAGAUGACAGAGUUCACGUGUUUCCUGGUUUAACUGCCUUACAUACUCUGUUUGUUAGAUUUCAUAAUCAUAUUGCCGAUAGACUGGAUGCAAACAAUGACUGGGAUGCAGAAACAUUAUUUCAAGAAACUAGAAAAAUAGUCAUCGCUAUAAUGCAGAAAAUAACGUAUGAAGAAUUUUUGCCCGAAAUUUUGGACAAGCGUAUUCGAAAUUAUUUUCGUUUAAACCGAGGCUAUUAUCGUUACAACAAAAACAUCAAUCCCAGUAUUUAUAAUGCUUUCGCUACGGCUGCCUUCCGAUUUGGACAUUCUCUCAUCCCGGAUUUUCUCGUCAUUAAUAAGAAAGAGGUUAAAACGCGAGACCUGUUCAACAACCCCGAAUUUAUGUUUAACAGCAUGAAAUCCGUGGUCAAAGGGAUUUUGAGUAAUCCGACCGAAUUAAGAGACAGAUUUGUUACCAAAGAGGCCACGGAUCAUCUUUUUCAAAACAACGACAUUUCUUUUGAUCUGGUGGCUUUGAAUAUUCAACGAGGUCGGGAUCACGGUUUACCGCCUUAUAACGAUUUUAGAGAACGCUGUGGAUUACCGAGAGUGAAAUCUUUUUACUCUAAGGAACUGGGAAGAAAUCGUAGGGGUCUCAGAUGGUUGUAUCACGAUAUAGAUGACGUAGACUUAUUUACUGGGGGGCUGUCAGAGCCCAAUUUACCAGGUGCUAGUCUAGGACCGACAUUUUCUUGUCUCGUUGGUUUGCAGUUUCAUGAUCUCAAAUAUGGUGACAGCUUUUGGUUCGAAACAGAUGACCCAAGUAGAGGAUUUACGGAAGGUAUGUUGACGUACAAGUUCGAUUAG